AGGUGGAGUCGUUGCGUUUAAUUGGUAGGCCUGAGGUGUUGGUGGUUGUCUCAUAUAAUGUAACCAUCUGUAAAAAAAUAUAUGACGUGGUUGUAAGCUGUUUUCUCAGUACUUUAUUAUUCUAAUGCCCGUUUGCACCACGUGAAAAUUGUGAAAACAUGGAUAUUUUUGACGACGAUGAAGAUAUGUUUGGAAAUGAUGCAGAAAUAUUAGAGAUUGUUGAUUAUGGAUUUCCUAAACGGAUAUAUCUACGGCGCAAUCAUUUUGAAGAUUUGGAUAACCUUACAUUUUUUCAACGAUUUCGUUUAACAAAGAAUACUGUUUUAAACAUUUUACCACUAAUUGAAGAAAAGCUUGAAUAUCCUACAGACAUAAAUAACAGCUUAAGCCCUAUGGACCAAUUAUUAACAUGUCUACGUUUUUAUGCUACAGGUGGACAUUUGUCAACCAUAUCAGAUUUUAUGGGGACUCAUGUUUCUACAUCAUCAAGAAUUAUUAAAAAUGUUUCAAUUGCAUUAGCUAGUCUAUCUCAUGCUUACAUAAAAAUGCCAACAGAAAAUAAUAUUCAAAAAAUACAAAGAGAUUUUUAUAAUAUUGCAUUAUUUCCAAGUAUUGUAGGAUGCAUUGAUGGCACCCACAUAAAGAUACAAUCUCCAGGAGGAGAAGAUGGUGAGAUAUUCAGAAACAGGAAAGGCUAUUUCUCUAUAAAUGUCCAAGUUGUGGGAGAUUCUGACCUUAAGGUGCAAGAUAUUGUAGCACGAUGGCCAGGAUCAACACAUGACAUGACUAUUUAUUCAAAUAGUAGAAUACGUGCUAGGCUAGAAGGUGGAGAAUUUAGAAAUGGAAUUAUUCUAGGUAAAUUGUAAAAUGACAUUCCUUGAACCAUUAACAUAAUUACCAUGUUAUAGGUGAUAGUGGUUAUGGUGUAGGUAAAUAUCUGCUAACACCAUUACAAAAUCCAGAAACUGCAGCAGAAAAAUUGUACAAUAAGGCCCAUAUCACAACACGAAACACUGUUGAACGCUUGUUUGGUGUAUGGAAAAGGCGAUUUCCCAUAUUAGCAUAUGGCAUUAGGUUAAAAUUAGCCACUGCUUACGCUGUAAUUGUAGCAUCAGCAGUACUACAUAAUAUA